AUGUGGAACAGGCUGGACUCGGAUCUACAGGAGGUGGAACAGGCUGGACUCGGGUCUACAGGAUGUGGUACAGGCUGGACUCGGGUCUACAGGAUGUGGUACAGGCUGGACUCGGGUCUACAGGAUGUGGUACAGGCUGGACUCGGGUCUACAGGAUGUGGUACAGGCUGGACUCUGGUCUACAGGAGGUGGAACAGGCUGGACUCGGGUCUACAGGAGGUGGAACAGGCUGGACUCUGGUCUACAGGAGGUGGAACAGGCUGGACUCGGGUCUACAGGAGGUGGAACAGGCUGGACUCUGGUCUACAGGAGGUGGAACAGGCUGGACUCGGGUCUACAGGAGGUGGAACAGGCUGGACUUGGGUCUACAGGAGGUGGAACAGGCUGGACUUGGGUCUACAGGAUGUGGAACAGGCUGGACUCGGGUCUACAGGAGGUGGAACAGGUUGGACUCGGGUCUACAGGAGGUGGAACAGGCUGGACUCGGGUCUACAGGACGUGGAACAGGCUAGACUCGGGUCUACAGGAGGUGGAACAGGAGGUGGAACAGGCUGGACUCUGGUCUACAGGAGGUGGAACAGGUUGGACUCUGGUCUACAGGAGGUGGAACAGGUUGGACUCGGGUCUACAGGAGGUGGAACAGGCUGGACUCGGGUCUACAGGACGUGGAACAGGCUAGACUCGGGUCUACAGGAGGUGGAACAGGUUGGACUCGGGUCUACAGGAGGUGGAACAGGCUGGACUCUGGUCUACAGGAGGUGGUACAGGCUGGACUCGGGUCUACAGGAGGUGGUACAGGCUGGACUCGGGUCUACAGGACGUGUAACAGGCUGGACUCGGGUCUACAGGACGUGGAACAGGCUGGACUCGGGUCUACAGGAGGUAGAACAGGCUGGACUCGGGUCUACAGGAGGUGGAACAGGCUGGACUCGGGUCUACAGGACGUGGAACAGGCUGGACUCGGGUCUACAGGAGGUAGAACAGUUUAGACUCGGGUCUACAGGAUGUGGAACAGGCUGGACUUGGGUCUACAGGAGGUAG